GGGCGCGGGGACCGGGGGCCUCGGCUUGGCCAUCGAAGGCCCCUCGGAGGCCAAGAUGUCUUGCAAGGACAACAAAGAUGGCAGCUGCAGCGUGGAAUACAUCCCCUUCACGCCCGGGGACUACGACGUCAACAUCACCUUUGGGGGACGCCCCAUCCCAGGGAGCCCCUUCCGUGUUCCUGUCAAAGAUGUGGUUGAUCCCAGCAAAGUCAAGUGUUCGGGACCCGGACUGGGGGCCGGCGUGAGAGCGCGGGUCCCUCAGACCUUCACCGUUGAUUGCAGCAAGGCUGGCCUGGCCCCUCUGGAGGUGAAGGUGCUGGGACCUUCAGGGGUAGCUGAGCCAGUGGAGAUACGUGACAAUGGAGACGGCACACACGCUGUGAAAUACACACCAGCGACAGACGGACCGUACACCAUCUCUGUCAAAUACGCCGGGCAAGAAGUACCCCGCAG